CUGGAACCAACUGCGCCACAGAGUACCAUGGGAACUCAGCUCGUCCCCCCCUGUCGCUAUUGAAUAUUUAAAUCUGGGUUACCCCUCGUCUGACACCCCCAAUAGUAAACAUCUCUCCUUCGGAUUCACAUUAUGUCUUACCAAUACCCGCCUAAUCAACAACAAGCGCCUUACGGUUAUCCUCAGGGCGCACCUCCUCAGGGCUAUCAGCAAGGCUAUCAACAGCCUCCGUACCCUCAACAACAAUACGGUGCUCCUCAGGGUGCUCCUCAGGGUGCCCCUCAUGGUGCCCCUCCUCCGCAGGGUCAUUAUCCUCCCCCACAGGGCUACGGCCAGCCUCCUCAGCAGCAACAGGGAUACUACGGCACUCCUUCCCCUCAACCACCUGCUCCAUACGGUGCACCCCCUGCCCAUCAUGCCGGGUAUCCUCCACAGACGCAGCAGCCACCACCGCAACACUAUGGUCAAGCACCGCCGAGCCAGCAUUACCCUCCUCAACACGGCCAGCCGCCGCAAGGCUUUGCCCCUCCUCCCCAAGGCCCGCCUCAUGGUGCCCCCAUCCACGGCGCGCCCAGCCCAUACGGAGCUCCCAUGGGCGCUCCAGCUCCCCCAUCGCUAGGCUAUGUCCCCGGCCAAGUCGCGCCGGGUGAUUUCCGCGCUGAGGCCGAUACCCUGCGCAAAGCGAUGAAGGGCUUUGGCACGGACGAAAAAGCCCUGAUCCAGGUUCUCUCCCGCCUGGAUCCCCUCCAAAUGGCCGGUGUCCGUGCCACAUACACCAAACACAUCGGCCGCGACUUGUACAAGGACGUCAAGUCCGAGACGGGCGGGUACCUCGAACAAGGUCUCCUCGGCGUGAUCGAAGGCCCCCUCAUGUUCGACGUGGCCUGUGCCCGGGAAGCCGUCAAGGGUGCUGGCACCAAGGAAUGGCUUCUAAACGACAUUCUCCUCGGCCGGUCCAACGCCGAUCUCCACGCUAUCCAGACAGCCUACGAACGCACCUACCACCGCAAACUAGCCCGCGACGUCGAAGACGACCUCUCCUUCAAAACGGCCGAUCUCUUCAAAAACGUCCUCCACGCGACCCGCCACGAAGACUCCGUCCCGAUAAACCCGCAAACCAUUGAAGCCGAAGUGCGCACCUUGCACAACUCCACCGCCGCUCGCGUGGUCAACAAUGUCGCCGAGGUAUGCGGGAUUUUUGCGCGCAGUUCGAAUGCGGAGUUGCGCGAGAUAGAUCGCGUUUUCCAGGCGCGGUACCAUACACCGCUGGACAAGCAUAUUGAGAAGGAAUUCUCGGGCCAUAUGGAAGAUGCGUUAUUGCAUAUGUUGCGGACGGCCACGGAUCCGGCGAUGCGGGAUGCUAUCUUGCUCGAGGAGUGUAUGGCCGGUAUGGGGACUAAGGAUGAGAGGUUGGUUGUGCGGGUGGUUCGGGUUCAUUGGGAUAGACAGCACAAGGAGACGGUGAAGCGGGCUUAUAGGCAUCGCUUCGGUAAGGAUUUGAUUGCUCGUGUGCGGGAGGAGACCUCGAGGGAUUAUGAGAAGUUGAUGGUUGCCUUGUUGGAGUAAGCGACUCUUCUCAACCGAGGUUUGGUCUGGAAGGAGGCUUCUUGUUGAAGGCAUUGCUUUGUGCUUCUCGAUUUGGCUUUGUACUUUAAUUUUUUCUUACUCUUGAUCUUGAUACCAGUAUAUAGUGACGUUAUGGAUGAGAAUAUGUUUGCAUGACACAAAUAUCCUGCCCA